AUGAGGGAUGGGUUUAUAACACAUGUAAGAAGUAACACUGAGGUUCAAGCUACAAUUACACAUAGGAGAGACAAAUUGGUAGGUUUAGGCCAUACACUUCAACCAUUCAUCAUAAUUGUGGGUCAACUUAAAGAAAUUUCCAAUUAUUUAGUUGUUGUUGAUAACAUAUUCUAUCAAUUGAAUUCAAUUGCUGCCUCAGUUGAUUGUUGUUUUAAGAUUAUUAUAACACUCAAUGCACAGUACUCUGUUGAGUGUGAAACUGUUUGGUGUUUUAUACAAAAAGGUUUUUAUAAUUUGCAAACACCAUUUGAUAAAAACUUUACAGCAGUCAACACAUUUCUUUCAGAUGUAGGGAUUUAA